GAGUGGGGGAAGGAAGAGAGGCAAGAGAGGAGGGGCGAAAAGAGAUUCCAGCAGACCUAGUUUGAGAAGGCACAGACAAACAGAACCUCGAGUAGGAGCAAGGAGGGCAAAUAUUUAGAUAUUUUCACAUUAGAGGACAUUUGAAACAGGGAGAGUUGACAAUGCUGUGGCAAUGUGAUGGCCAUUCGCAACUCCUUUUCGGAGGGGGAAAGAAGAUGACAAAGGAGGGAAAAGGGCUUUUCGUUGAUGGCCGUGUGUGUGUCUCAAUGGGCAGUAGGGCACGUCCGGCAUUCGAGGGUUGACCGCACUCCGGUGGACAUUCUAGGACACUCACCUAGAACAGAUAGUUGAUCAAAGGGACACAUUAUUUUUAUCGUUCCGCAUGAAGAGCUUUCGGUUGUCAAGGGGAGAGAGCAUCUUUGAAGUGAGAGCACUUGUUAUUGAAAAGGACAAGAGGCUUGUUGUUUUUCAGGGAUUCAACUUGAAAGAUAAACUUUUAUCAGUCCUUUCUUUUUGAGGUUGCACACACAGGUCCCUGUUCCCUUUUGUGACUCAAAAGGGGGAGUUCGGGGGAGGAUUUUGUGCGUCAGCGGAAAGACAACAUUGGAAUCGCAGUUGUUCAUUUCCUUUAGUCAACACAAUAUAUUGGGAAUAUCACAGUGUUGGGAACGUGUGAGGAUUACAAUGGAGACGAAACCUAUCAUUUGUGGCAGUGGACAUUCAAUACUCAAAUAAUGAACCAAAUCCAUCAUGUUUUUUCACUCCGUGCCACUGUAUGGAAUUAGUGCUGGAGUUCCCAAUUCCACAUUGGCAUCCAACCGGAAAUGUAACGCUGCGAAUCCUUAUGAUUGAUUGUGACUGGAGAUGUAAGUGUAAGUGCAUUGCUGAAACCAGUGGCGCUUUUUCUUACUGCUCGGGAAGAGCUUUUUAUGCGGCAGCUUAUCUACAAUGUCCAACAUCUAAAAUGAUAUCAACCACUGACAGAAUUACACGAACAUUAAAGUAAGAGCAAUUAAAGUAGAGCAAUUCCCAGUUACUGCAGAUACUAAAGGACUACAAAUCAAUGACGUGGAGGUAUUGUGUUUAGAGUGUAGAGUUUUAGAGUUAGGGCAAAAACUAUUGGCAGUAAGGAUUUUUUAUUUAUUACAGUCCCUAGGCAGCAAUGCGGUUUCAAAGUUACUCAGCUUGACUGUUUCCCUGCUUGCUAAGUACUGAAUAGAGGUUGAAGGAUAACUAUUCAUGUUUACGAGGGUAUUUUGGGGGAACUGAUGGCAGGUCAUGCAAGUGGACCUGACUUUGUACUCAUCUGAUAGGACUAAAACUAUAUGAACCAACUGGUGAUAUAUACCUGAUUCAACAAACAGGACUAAAAUGAACUGAUGAACAGAGACAGUUACCACACGUUUAUUAUAAUACACAACCCUCUUUGAACCCAGGUCUUUGCUUUGACCCACAAUCUUCAUUCAUUUGAUAUUUUAUUACAUUGGUUUCACUUCUUUCUUGGACCUAUUUUUCUCUUUGACCUUCGCCACUUGGUCAGUAUGGUGCCACCACCGCCCACCAACAAGCCUCAUGUGUGCUUGUCGGCCAUCUUGAUCAUGGGUAGCAUGGCGCUGAUGGACGCCUACCUGGUGGAGCAGAACCAGGGGCCCAGGAAGAUUGGUGUGUGCAUCAUGGUCCUUGUGGGGGACAUCUGCUUCCUCCUCGUCCUACGCUACGUGGCUGUGUGGGUGGGUUCCGAGGUGCGGACCUCCAAGCGUGGCUACACCAUGAUCCUAUGGUUCUUCUAUGUCUUCGUCCUGGAGAUCAAGGUCUACUUUGUCUACCAGAACUACAAGGCCGAGGACGGGAAGAGGGCAAGUUUGGACGGUUGGACUGGCGGCGGCGUGGACGGGGUGGCACGGAAGGCGCUGACAUUGCUUCUGUCCAUCUGCGUGCCCGUCGUCUACAUCACGUUGGUGGCCAUCGACCACAUGGAGUACGUGCGGCCGCAGAAGAAGAAGGAGGAGAUCCGGUGUCGACUCUUCUGGGUGGUGGUGGACUUGCUCGACGUCCUGGACGUGCAGGCCAACCUAUGGGAGCCUCAGAGGAGAGGGCUCCCCCUAUGGGUGGAGGGACUCAUGUUCUUCUACUGCUACAUCCUGCUGCUGGUGUUGCCGUGCGUGUCGCUGAGCGAGAUCAGCAUGCAAGGGGUGAACAUUGUGCCCCAUAAGAUGAUGCUCUACCCGAUUCUCAGCCUGGUGACUAUUAACAUUAUCACUCUCUUCAUUCGAGGCGGGAACAUGGUUUUCUAUAGGGACUCCAGGGUGUCUGGGAUACUGAUGGGUAAAAAUGUGAUCGCCAUUGUUCUUAAGACGUGCAGUUUCGUCCAGUAUCGGAGGCAUCUCGGUGAGGUCCCGUCUCCCGCUCUUGGGGUAGAGAUGCAGAAGAAUUGCGUUGUCCACGGCCCGAAAGUGACUAUGCCUGUGCCCAUGCCCAUGCCCAUGCCACCCCAAGUAGUGAUUCAAGACUUCACAAAGUUUCCUGAAGAGAUGGUGUGUGUGAGUGACACAGAGGUUGAGCAAACGUGACACAGGUCUUGGUGAGAAAGUGAUAAAGAUACAUAACAUAUUAUAAGCUUUAUUAUAGGACAUUAUAAAAGACUAAUUCAUGCGUAUAACAAGGGCUUCAGUAAAGUGUUACCAGAACAGUUGACACAAGGAAGCACUGUGUAGGGUCACAACAAGGUGUUGCACCACUUCCUAGGACAAGGGAGAAAAUGACUAUAGGGAGAAGUGAAUGUGUGUCCCCCCCCCCCAAUGAUGAUGAUCUAAUGGAGAACAAAAAAACAAAAAUGAAAGGAUCUUCUUAAGUAUCGGACCCUUUUAUUAAAUGCUUGCCUAAAAUGACAUACCGAAAUCUAACUGCCUGUAGCUCAGGACCUGAAGCAAGGAUAUGCAUAUUAUUGAUACCAUUUGAAAGUAAAACCUUUGAAGUUUGUGAAAAUGUAAAAUUAAUGUAGGAGAAUAUAACACAUUAGAUCUGGUAAAAGAUAUUAAACAAAAAAACAUGUGUUUUCAAUUUUUUUGUUCUGUUCCAUCAUCUUAGAAAUGCAAGAGAAAGGCCAUUAAAUCGCAUAGGAGUUUAGGUGCAAUUUAGAUUUUGGCCACCAGAUGGCAACAGUGUUUGUGCAAAGUUUCAGACUGAUCCAAUGAAGCAUUAUAUUACUGCACAAAAUGCAAUUGUAUCAAAAUGCAAUUGUAUCAAGUUGGUAUCAAAAUUGUUCAAUUUAUAUAUUUUCAAAUACAUAACUAUAGAGAACAUUCAAAAAUGAUGAAUGAAAAUAUUUCAAUUUACACACUCCCAGGAAUGUUAUAAAUGAUGGAUAAUUAGCUUCCCUAAAAAAAAGACACUAACCUUCACACAUCUAGAUGGCCAGGUGUGGUGGGUGUGUUGGGCCAGACACAGCAGGGGUUCAAAUUGUAGAACCCAGAACCCAGCAAGAUUACUGAAUGUAGCUACAUUAUUUACCUUCUGAGGUUGAAUGUAUCAAACCAGUUGCCAUGAUACAUUUUUGUUGUUGUUGUGUCCUCUCCUCAAACAAUAGCAUGGUAUUUUUUCACUGUAAUAGCAACUGUAAAUUGAAUACUUCAGUUAGAUUAAUCAGAAUCUAAGCUUUCUGCCCAUAUAAGACAUGUCUAUGUCCUGGAAAGUUGGCUGUUACUUACAACGUCAGUCUAGUCACAUUAGCGCACGUUAGCAACAACCGUCCCGGUAUAGGGACACCGAUCCCCUAGAGGAUAGGGAUACUUAUAUUUUAAUAAGAUGUUGUGCAGAACAAAGUAUGAUGUAUCUUUUAACUGGGGAUGAUUUGUGUCUCUUUGUGCACCUGUAAAACUGCCUAAAAAUAUGAAUGUGCUGGAUUCUGGAUAAAGUAAAUGAAAGACAUUCCGCACACUCUACUGAAAAUGUCUGUGUUUAUUAUUUAUUUCAGCAUUGUAGAGGCAGUUCAAUGAACAGUAGAGUACUUUUACUCUGACCGGUCCUCCUUUCCAAACGGUUUUUGUUCUAAUGCUGUUUGAGUGUCAAUGUGAACCAUUUGUAUUGACUGACUUGUCUUUGAUAAAUGCGCCCUGCAUUGAAAGAGUUCAGGUUGUGAUUGUUAUGUGUUUUGCAUUCGAUUAAGCGAUAUGCGUAACACUGAAGAGCUUUAAAAGAAAAAGGAACAAUUUUAAGCAUUUUCUGUUCCAAUAAUUGUUUAUUUUGCUAAGAGAAGUUGACUUUUUUCUUAGACGAUUUCUUACUGUUCACUGUGGUCAACAAAAUAAGAUUGAAGAAAAUACUUUAAUGCGACUGGUAUAUGUGUCUCUGAAAAUAGGCCUUUAUCAAAUAUGUAUUGACAAUGAAAAUGGGCGAUGCCCGCUAACUUGUUCUGACACGUCCUUAUGAAGCUGAGCUUUUCAGCUUAGUUGUAUGUGUAUGACUACAAAGACAGACAUUUGUAAUGAAAGAAGAAUAUGGUGGAGAAAUUACAAGAUUAUGUUAUAAUACUGUUAUUAAUACUAUAAUACUGUUAUGCUGUCAAAUGGUUGUUUUAUGCAAGAACUUUUUCAUCUGUAUGUGUUCUACUGAGGAUGGGCAUCUGGGAGAUUGAAAACUGACAGAAGAUUUACGAUGUCUUUGGGUGAUAAGCCUAACAAGACCAUAGCAUGAGUUAAUGUUUCUAUACUGGGGUACCAGAGGGAGAUGGCUCCAGUGUGGAGUUGGGGGCCAGACCCUGGUCUCUACACAAUGAGAAUAGUCAUUACAGCAGAUACUGUUUUGCUGUGAAUUAUUAGUAUCUUUCAUACAAAUCUGAACUUUGUGACCCAAUCAUACAUCUGUGAUUUGUCAUGAACAUCCAGGAGGAUGGACUUUGCUAUAAAAUGCUGUGGCUUAGUCCUGCUGGUUGGGUUCUCAGCGAAUCACCUACAGGAGGGUUGUUGACAAGCUCCAUUACUGCAGUAAUUAAAUAAUAAAGUUUGACUUGUUUUGAAGAAAUGUAAAAGUCUCUCCUUUUGAUUAGAAUAAUUCCACAACAAGACGCUUUAUCAAAGAGAGAUAUUCUACACACAUUCGUGUUCAGACAGAGAAAUCACAAGACAACUUCUGUCCUGUGAAAACUACAUAUUUUUAUAAUUGAGGCAGGGCUGUUCUCUUCACUUCCUCCAUUCACCGUUGGAAGAUGGGUUCCCAUUUUUCAAAAGUCAAAUUUCAGGAUACAGUGGGGUGAACAAGAAUUUGAUACACUGCCGAUUUUGCAGGUUUUCCUUCUUACAAAGCAUGUCAGUCUCCAGACCUGAACCGAAUAGAAAAUCUUUGGAGGGAGCUGAAAGUCCGUAUUGCCCAGCGAUAGCCCCGAAACCUGAAGGAUCUGGAGAAGGUCUGUAUGGAGGAGAGGGAAAAAAUCCCUGCUGCAGUGUGUGCAAAACUGGUCAAGAACUACAGGAAACGUAUGAUCUCUGUAAUUGCAAACAAAGGUUUCUGUACCAAAUAUUAAGUUCUGCUUUUCUGAUGUAUCAAAUACUUAUGUCAUGCAAUAAAAUGCAAAUUCAUUA